AUGGCUAAUCAGAAAAAUAUUUUCUUCUUAUGUUUCCUAAUAGGUUUAGGGUUAUGUUCUGCAAGACGAGCACUUCUCUCCUCCUAUGAACCCGAGGAUGAAGUCGCUGGCUAUGGAGACAAGAGUAGUUUGCAUGUCGGUUAUGGUGUUGGAGUUGAUGUUGGUGGUGGUGUUGGUGGUGGCGGUGGAGAAGGAGGUGGUGCUGGUUACGGUGGAGCUGGCGGCAUUGGUGGAGGCGGAGGUGGUGGACAUGGUGGUGGUGCUGGCGGAGGUGGUGGUGGUGGUCCUGGAGGAGGAUCUGGUUAUGGAGGUGGAAGUGGUGAAGGUGGUGGAGCUGGAUAUGGAGGCGGAGGAGCUGGGGGACAUGGUGGAGGUGGAGGAAGCGGAGGAGGUGGUGGUGGAGGAUCUGGCGGUGCACAUGGUGGUGGAUACGGUGGUGGAGAAGGCGCUGGUGCUGGAGGAGGAUAUGGAGGUGGCGGUGCAGGUGGACAUGGAGGUGGUGGAGGCGGUGGAAAAGGAGGUGGUGGAGGAGGAGGUUCUGGCGCUGGUGGAGCUCACGGUGGUGGUUACGGUGCAGGAGGUGGAGCUGGAGAGGGAUAUGGUGGUGGUGGUGGUGAAGGAGGACAUGGUGGUGGAGGAGGCGGUGGUGGUGGAGCUGGAGGUGGCGGAGGAGGAGGUGGAGGUUAUGCAGCUGCUGGAUCUGGACACGGUGGUGGUGCUGGUAGCGGAGAAGGCGGUGGUGGUUAUUAA